UCGGUCACGUGCUCCGUGGCCCGGGCUGGCGAAGCCGGAAGUAGCCUGGGGCGCGAGAAGGCCCGGAGCCGCGGGCUGUACGCGGCGGACACUCGCGGGCAUACAUGCAAAUCUCUUCUUCCCCCUUAUCGUGAGGAGAAGCGCCUAAACAAGCCGAGAUGCAGAGCACCCCCAACCAUCUGUGGCUCCUGUCUGACAUCCUAGGCCAGGGGGCCACUGCAAAUGUCUUCCGAGGAAGGCAUAAGAAAACUGGUGAUCUCUAUGCUGUCAAAGUAUUUAAUAACAUAAGCUUCCUUCGCCCAGUGGAUGUCCAAAUGAGAGAAUUUGAAGUGUUAAAAAAACUCAAUCACAAAAACAUCGUCAAGUUAUUUGCUAUUGAAGAGGAGACAACAACAAGACAUAAAGUGCUUAUUAUGGAAUUUUGUCCCUGUGGGAGUUUAUACACUGUUUUAGAGGAGCCGUCCAAUGCUUAUGGACUUCCAGAAUCAGAAUUUCUAAUUGUUUUACGAGAUGUGGUGGGUGGGAUGAAUCAUCUCCGAGAGAACGGCAUAGUGCACCGAGAUAUCAAGCCAGGCAACAUCAUGCGCGUCAUAGGGGAGGACGGCCAGUCUGUAUACAAACUCACGGAUUUCGGCGCCGCUCGAGAGCUGGAGGACGAUGAGCAGUUUGUGUCUCUGUACGGCACAGAAGAGUACCUGCAUCCGGACAUGUAUGAAAGGGCAGUGCUAAGAAAGGACCAUCAGAAGAAGUACGGGGCUACCGUUGAUCUGUGGAGUGUUGGAGUGACAUUCUACCAUGCAGCCACGGGGUCGCUGCCGUUUAGACCCUUCGAGGGGCCUCGGAGGAACAAAGAAGUGAUGUAUAAAAUAAUCACUGGGAAGCCGUCUGGUGCAAUAUCUGGAGUACAGAAAGCAGAAAACGGACCGAUUGACUGGAGUGGAGACAUGCCUCUCUCUUGUAGUCUUUCUCAGGGUCUUCAGGCACUGCUUACCCCAGUUCUUGCAAACAUACUUGAAGCUGAUCAGGAGAAGUGCUGGGGUUUUGACCAGUUCUUUGCAGAGACUAGUGAUGUGCUUCACCGAAUGGUAAUCCAUGUCUUCUCGCUACAACACAUGACGGCGCUUAAGAUUUACAUUCAUAGCUAUAACACUGCUGCUGUGUUCCAUGAACUGGUCUAUAAACAAACCAAGAUUGUUUCCUCAAAUCAAGAACUUAUCUACGAAGGACGACGCUUAGUCCUAGAACUUGGAAGACUAGCCCAGCAUUUUCCUAAAACCACAGAGGAAAAUCCUAUCUUUGUCACGAGCCGGGAACAACUCAAUUCCGUAGGACUGAGAUAUGAAAAAAUUUCCCUCCCUAAGAUACACCCGCGCUAUGAUCUGGACGGGGACGCCAGCAUGGCCAAGGCAGUGACGGGGGUCGUGUGCUACGCCUGCAGAACUGCCAGUACCCUGCUGCUCUAUCAAGAAUUGAUGCGCAAGGGGGUGCGGUGGCUGAUUGAACUGGUUAAGGAUGACUACAAAGAGACCGUCCACAAGAAGACGGAGGUAGUGAUCACCCUGGAUUUCUGCAUCAGGAACAUUGAGAAGACUGUGAAAGUGUAUGAGAAGUUGAUGAGGGUCAACCUGGAAGCCGCAGAGCUGGGUGAGAUUUCAGACAUACACACCAAGCUGCUGAGACUUUCCAGUUCUCAGGGAACAAUAGAAAGCAGCCUUCAGGACAUCAGCAACAGGCUGUCUCCAGGGGGCUUGCUGGCUGACACCUGGGCACAUCAAGAAGGCACGCAUCCAAGAGACAGGAAUGUAGAAAAACUGCAAGUCCUGUUGAACUGCAUCACAGAGAUUUACUAUCAGUUCAAAAAAGACAAAGCAGAACGCAGACUAGCUUAUAAUGAAGAACAGAUCCACAAAUUUGAUAAGCAAAAAUUGUAUUACCAUGCAACAAAAGCAAUGAGCCACUUUUCAGAAGAAUGUGUUAGAAAGUAUGAAGCGUUUAAAGAUAAGUCGGAAGAGUGGAUGAGAAAGAUGCUUCUCCUUAGGAAGCAGUUGUUAUCGCUAACUAAUCAGUGUUUCGAUAUCGAAGAGGAAGUGUCCAAGUAUCAAGACUAUACUAACGAGUUACAAGAAACUCUGCCUCAGAAAAUGCUCGCAGCCUCCGGUGGAGUCAAGCACGCCAUGGCCCCGAUCUACCCCAGCUCUAACACAUUAGUGGAGAUGACUCUUGGUAUGAAGAAGUUAAAGGAGGAGAUGGAAGGCGUGGUUAAGGAGCUGGCCGAGAACAAUCAUAUUUUAGAAAGGUUUGGGUCUUUAACAAUGGACAGUGGCCUUCGCAAUGUGGACUGUCUUUAGCUUCCUAGGGAGUCUGGGAAGUUCUAGUUUGCACAAGAAGAUAACACUGGGGCACGAAAUGAACACCUUUGUGAAUGGAGUUCUUAUUUCUACACUUCAGUAUUUGAUGAGGUCAUGUAAAUAUGUACAGUUUGUAAAUACAUAUACAUAUAUAUAUAUAUAUGAAUUUUGGCUGCUGUAACAAAGACAGAUUGACCUCAGCGAGCUGUAGAAGAAAGCCAUGACCAGCCAGUGCUUUGGGGUGCUCUCCCUAAUUCUUCACAUAAGGCUGGAGAAAUCAAUUGCUUGGUGCCUAAAGAAAGUAUUUUUUGAAUUGGCAUUCUUAAAAUUUUGAAAGGACUGAUAGUGGACACAGUGUAACUGGAGGAGACACAGGGCUUUGUGACGGGAACAGAACCUUGGUUUUACCACGGUCAGUUCCUCUGACAAGGAUAAAGUGGCAUUAUUUCAUUUGACCAGGUGCCCAAAUCUCAGUUUUCCUCGUAUGUUUGAUUUUAGGUGAAUAAUUGAGCAAAAACUUUAAAGUGAAUUCAUUGUUUAAACUAUUCAUUUUUCCUUUGGUCAUGAAUGUGUAAUUGUCAUUCAGAUCCUAGUAUCAUUUCAAUUGUCUAAAGAUGUAUAUUUCUGUACUUUAAUUCUGCUAUUUCAUGAAAAAAUAAAUUUCUCAAUUUUAAUGUAAAAA